CUCCGUUUUACCUCACUCGUCAACGUUUUUCCUUUAGCGAAUUAAAAAAAAAAAGCCAAAAAAAAAAAACAAAUAGUGAAAAAACAGAGAAUUUUCUAGUGAUUUCUAGAGGAAUUCAUCAAUGGCAACCAAGGUGUAUAUUGUAUACUAUUCCAUGUAUGGACAUGUGGAAAAACUUGCAGAGGAGAUAAAGAAAGGGGCUGCAUCUGUUGAAGGUGUUGAAGCCAAACUAUGGCAGGUCCCUGAGACCCUAUCAGAAGAGAUUCUUGGAAAGAUGAGCGCACCGCCAAAAAGUGAUGUGCCAAUUAUUACACCCCAUGAUCUUUCAGAGGCUGACGGUUUUAUUUUUGGCUUCCCAACAAGAUUUGGAAUGAUGUCUGCUCAAUUCAAAGCAUUUCUGGAUGCAACUGGAGGUCUAUGGAGAACUCAGCAACUUGCAGGAAAACCUGCUGGUAUUUUCUAUAGCACUGGAUCUCAAGGUGGUGGACAAGAGACUACAGCGUUGACUGCAAUCACUCAGCUUGUUCACCACGCGAUGAUAUUUGUUCCCAUUGGAUACACCUUUGGUGCUGGCAUGUUUGAGAUGGAGCAAGUGAAAGGUGGAAGUCCCUACGGUGCAGGAACCUAUGCUGGGGAUGGAACUAGAAUGCCAUCUGAACUUGAGUUGGCACAAGCUUUCCACCAAGGGAAGUACAUCGCCGGCAUUGCCAAGAAACUCAAGGCAGCUGCCUGAUUUCAAUGUUUACUGCAAAAAUCACAAUUUGUCCUUUCAUAUUUUUUUCAUCUCCUCUUUCUAGAAUGUCAAUUGCCUAUAUUCUACAAGUUUGCAAAACAAAUAAUUCUUCCUGUAUUGGGUAUAUGCUUGUAUGUGUGUUUACACCUUCCAAUGGUUUUGGUUAAUGAUAAAGUUUGCUCAUUUAUCUGUACUA